AUGCUUAUCCUAUCGGUAAUCACUUCAGCUCUUGGCUUAUGCUCAAGCUUUGCUCUUGGGUUCACCAAUCCUAUAAGGACAGGAAGUGACCCUCAUAUCGUAUAUCAAGAUGGAAUGUACUAUCUAACUUCGACAACAUGGACCAACGUCAGCAUCACCAAAGCUCCGACCAUUGAAGGCCUCAAGACCGCCGAGUCCCAACUCAUUUGGUCUGAUAGGUCCAAUGCCACCAGAGCUUGCAACUUCUGGGCUCCUGAGAUGCACAAAGUCGGUGAUACCUGGUACGUGUACUUCUCAGCAAGUAUAUGUGAUGAAGGCAAUUGGGGUGCUAUGCUUCCCACUUUGAGAGUAUAUGUUCUCAAAGGUGGCAAGGAGAAUCCGUUGUCUGCGGAUUAUGAGAUGCUGGAUGCAAUAAUUCCUCCUAACUUCAAUGCCGGAAUGCUUGAUGCGUUCUCUUCCGUUGAAGGACCCAAGAGCCCUGAUGGUGCCUCCUUAUGGAUCGCCGAACUUAUAUCACCCACAACAUGCGGUAACGCCACAAUGAUCGCACACCCAGAAUUCGAGUGGGAAAAGUCCGAUUCGCCCGUUCUUGAAGGACCUUAUGGAAUCAUCUCCCCAGGAGGAACAACUUACGUAGUCUAUGCCGCUGACUCGUGCAACACGCCCGCCUACAAACUCGGUGCCAUGAAAUUCACCAAAGGUUCUGAUCCUCUUCGCCCUGACUCUUGGACCAGAUUACCUGAUCCUAUUUUCGAGACGAAGAAUGGACUCUAUGGGCCUGCUCAUAACGCAUUUUUCAAGAGUCCCGAUGGCACCGAGGAUUGGAAUGUCUUUCAUGCCAAUCUCAACGCGGAAGAUCGCUGUGGUCCCUCGAGAAAGACGUUUAUUCAGCCGCUUAGUUGGAAUGGUGAUAUGAUUGAUCUGGGGGAGCCACUCCCUGUUGGCACAGAAAUCGAGCCUCCUUCUGGGGAGUGA